AUUAUUUUAAUGACAUGCACAUUUUUAUACCAGAAUGUACCAGUUCUCGAGGCAAAAAUUCAAGAUCUCUCGAAAAUAAAGACAUGUCCAUGUCCAUGUCCAUAGUGGUCCAGUGUCUUUGGACAUGUAGCCUGUAGACGUAUGUACAGACACGUACAAAACUUUCCUAUCAGAGAUUAAACCAAGCUAACUGAGCAACACCUAUUCGGUUAGCUAAUCGUUUUUAAGAGAAAAAUUUUUCAAUUAUUGGCUACUGCGUUUCAUAACACCUGUUGCUCCGUGCAAAUUAGAUACCUAAACAGAUAGAUGGCACAUUCGGAAGAGAUGAAAUCGAUAUGGAGGAGCGCGAAUGCUGUCACCUUCGACGUUGAUUCCACCGUAAUACAAGAAGAAGGUAUCGAUGAACUCGCAAAAUUUUGUGGUAAAGAAAAAGAGGUUGCUGCGUUAACAAAUCAAGCGAUGCAAGGAAACGUAACGUUUCGACAAUCUUUGGUGGAAAGGCUAAAUAUCAUAAAACCAAAUUUGAUGCAAAUCAACCGGUUUUUAGCCUCGCAUCCGUUGAAACUUUCGCCUGGGAUCAAAACUCUGAUAACGGCACUACAAAUUCAUAAAAAGCAAGUGUUUUUGGUAUCUGGUGGAUUUCAUUGUUUAAUCGCACCAGUUGCCUCGUCGCUUAAUAUCCCGUUAGAGAAUAUUUUUGCAAACAGGCUUAAAUUUUAUUUUACAGGAGAGUAUGCAGGAUUUGACCAAGAUCAACCCACAGUGGAAAAUGGUGGAAAAGCAAAAGUAAUUCGAUAUCUCAAAGAGAGAAAGGGAUUUCAAACUAUUGUACAUAUUGGAGAUGGUGCAACAGAUUUAGAAACUACUCCGAUAGUAGAUUUAUUUAUAGGAUAUGGAGGAAAUGUAAUUAGAGAGAGUGUCAAGUCGAAAUCUUCUUGGUUUAUUACCAAUUUCGAUGAACUUGUAAAUAUUUUGGAAACGCAAACAUUCGGACACGAUACCGUUUGUAAAUGACAUCAGUUCUAAUUUUGGCCUUGUUUCAUCCAUGCAUAACGCGAUAAACUGAUUGUGAAUCUG